UUGAUUACCCCGCGUUCACGAGCGAGAGGAAAGCACGAGCACACGACAUCGAUAUAAAGCACGCGGCGGGCAGCAACCAAGACGAAUACAACAAAAUGGGCGCAAUAGGAAACCUCAUUCCGCUCGUCAUCCUCUUUGCCGUAGUUGCGGGAAUGGGAUGGAUCGGUUACCAAAUCUACCUCUACUCCAACGAGCUCGCCGAACGCGGCGUCCGCAAGAUGGAAAAGAAGAACGUCGUCUUCACCAAGGACGGCGCGAAGGUGGCCGUCAAGGAGGUGCGCACCGAGGACUAUGCAGAUCGCACGCAGAAGGCGUUUGUAAAGACAUGGAAUGCGGCGCACGAGGGGACGGGUAGUGGCGCGGAGAAGAGACCCGGUGUGGGGAGGACGAGGACGAAGUAGUGAAGGGACGGGACGGCCAGACACAGAGGAGAUGGCGCCCGAGAGGGAUGCGCAUCAGAGUUUGGGGGAGGAUGGAUGUAUACCAUGGGCCUUCAUUUGGGUCGUAUUCGAGGGAGAGCUGGAUAUAGGCAUGUGCUGUCAUAAUUGGAUGAAUACAGCAUCAGCAUGAGCAGCGGCAUCAGCAUCAGCAGUGGCAUCAGCAGCAGCGGCAUCAUUAGCAGCGUCAGCAUC